AAAUUACUAAACAAAAUUUGUUAGACCCCAAAAGUCCUUGUCAGAGGAACUGGACAAUACUAGUGAAUUUAUCCCAGUUGGUUUUGCGUGGUUACCGCUACCGAUAUGGCGAAGAUUGUGUAUUUAUGCUUAGCACAUAAUCAUCACGGAAAACUGAGUACAAUCACCAAAGCUUCCGUUUUUCCUAAGUAAACGCAAAGACAUCGUUGCUAUAUGUGGCUUUUAUCAAAGGGAAUUUCGCUGAAAGUUAAAUAUAGAUUAAGAUUCCCAUUCACUGAGCAGAGAUCAUAAAGGAAGAUCAUGGCGGACCUAAUUCACUUGGGAAACAUAGAUGUUGUCAUCCAGAAAGAUAAGCCCGGCUCGCCGACGGGCUGCUCGGAUGAUGGAAACCUGGCAGGUCUGGGCGGCAUGAGUGGAUUGGGCGGGAUGAUGGCCGCCGGUGGCAUUGAUCUGGGUGACUUGGCGCAGGAAUUGGAUCACGAUGAAUUCGAUGGACCACACAUGCUAAAUGGUGAACGUCCAGCGAUUAUUGCUCCUCCCGAAAGUGAAUGGUACCACGGACGACUUGAUCGUUACUCAGCUGAAUCACGUCUGCGGGGCAGCAGUAAACUGGGAAGCUACUUAGUUCGUGAAAGUGACCGCAAGCCUGGCUCCUAUGUUCUAAGUUAUUAUGGGCGUACCGGCAUAAACCAUUUUCGGAUCACGGCUGUGUGCGGAGACUUCUAUAUCGGUGGACGACAAUUCAUAUCGUUGAGCGAUCUGGUUGGCUACUAUACCUCAUGCAGUGACCUACUGAAGCGCGAACGAUUGGCCAUACCAGUGGCUCCGCCGGAGCCAGUUAAUGAUAAGAAGCGAGUCGUUGCCAUCCUGCCUUAUACAAAAAUGCCAGAGACCGAUGAGCUGAGCUUCCAGAAAGGUGAUAUUUUCUUCGUGCACAAUGACAUGGGCGACGGUUGGCUGUGGGUCACUGCCCAUCGUACUGGCGAGCAGGGAAUGAUUUUCCGAGAGCUUGUGGAUGAUCUGGAUGUAUCCAUCGAUCCGAAUACCGUCUUUCCGUGGUUUCAUCCGAAUUGCACCAAAAACGAAGCUGUCGAUAUGUUGGUUAAAGCUGGACCCGGCAGCUUCUUGGUUCGCCCCAGCGACAACUCACCGGGCGAUUACUCCCUCUUUUUCCAUAUUAACAACCAGAUCCAACGAUUUCGCAUCGAGAAGAAGGGCGUGCGAUAUUUGAUGGGUGGGCGGACAUUUGAAUGCCUCGAUGCGGUGAUUAAUCGUUACCGCAAGGAGCAAAUUGUCGAGGGCCAUUCGCUCAAUCAUCCGGUUGUCAAUGGCAUACAGCCAGAGUUCAAUCAGCAAUAUGUUGUGGAAAAGGCUGCGGAAAAGAUAUAUGCCACACUGCGCGAGUGCCGUGACCAAAUCGGUCUGAAGAAGAUCAAGGGAAUCAAACAUCAUGGGCAUUUGAACAAGAAAUCGGACAAAACGACGAAAUGGAAGCAACUAUAUUUCGCUCUAAUCAACGAUGGCUCCGAGACGCAACUUUGCUUCUACGACAAUCCGAAGAAGACCAAGCCGAAGGGUCUGAUCGAUUUGUCAUGUGCUUACCUCUAUCAAUGUCACGAUUCCCUCUGGGAGCGUCCCUAUUGCUUUCAAAUUGUGGAAAGGGCUCUGCCCUGUUUGGCCACUGUGACAUAUCUGUGUGCUCCUAGUCAGGAAAGCUACGUGGAGUGGAUCAAUUCGCUGAAGGCCCAAUGCGACUCCCAGCUAAGUCGGGCCCAGAAGAAGGUCUCACGGCUACGCGAGCUUCGGUGUCUCAAUCUGCAUGUGCUAGAAGCUCAUCGCUUACCAUUUAAAUUAGUGCCACAUCCAUACUGCAGUAUUUCACUCAAUCAAGUCAAAGUGGGUAAAACACGUGUCAAAAUUGCACCCGAACCGGUUUGGGAGGAGGAAUUUGUACUGGAUGACGUUCCCCCAGAUGUUGUCUCCCUAACCAUUACGUUAAUAUCGCGCGGUAAACGCGGCAAAGAUUCGGAAGUGGCCGAGCUAACGAUCGAUUUGUCUAGUCUGAAGAAUGGCCAAGAGACUGAGGGCUGGUACCAGCUCACCGGAAUGACGCCGAUGGGCGAAUGGGGCUCGCUGCGUCUGCGUAUGCGUUACCUCGACGAUCUGAUAAUGCCCUGCGAGGAGUACAGUCCACUGCAGCAAUUGCUACUCGAAUCGGAGCUGUAUGCGGUGAAGGCGCUGGCGGAGCUCUGUCACAACGAUCGAGUGCCAUUGGCGACGGCUCUGUUGCGAGUCUUUCGGCAGGAGAAGCGCGAGACGGAGCUAAUUCGAAUGCUGUGCCAGGCGGAGGUGACACGCGAAAACGAGACGACGACACUUUUCCGGGGCGCCUCCUUGGCCACCACACUAAUGGAUUUGUAUAUGCGAACCGAAUGCAGUGGAUUCUUGCAGUCGGCGGUCAGCGAAACCGUUCAGCGCAUUUUGGAGAGCAAGCAGUCGGCGGAAUUAAAUCCAACGAAAAUGGACGUCAACGAUGAUGCCUGCACGAAUGCCGAGUUUCUGCUGCAAAUCCUCGAUCUGGUCACCCAGUCGAUAUUUACUUCACCGGACGCCUGUCCCCGGAAUGUGCGCUUCAUUUGCAGCUGCCUGCAGAAGGCUGUGAUGGCCAAGUGGCCGACAGAGCGGCUGGUUCGCACCCGAGUCGUCUCCGGGUUCAUAUUCUUGCGCCUCCUAUGCCCAGCCCUGCUGAAUCCUCGACAAUUUGGCCUGGUCAGCGAGACGCCUCCGAUGGCGGCCACUCGUUCUUUGGUCAUGGUCGCCAAGUGUCUUCAAAAUUUGGCCAACUUGAUUGAGUUUGGCGGCAAGGAACAAUACAUGGAGGUUGUCAAUCCGUUUAUUUUGAAAAACAAGGAACGCAUGAUUGUCUUCUUGGAUCAACUGUCCUCCGUCAACGAUCCGAAUCAACCGCUUGGAAUGUUUGUCGAACAAAGUACAAAUCUGAAUUCACAAGACACUGGGCGCGAGCUGGCUACCUUACAUCACAUCUGUGUAUCGCAUUCGCAAGAGCUUCACGAGCUAUCCAACAUACUUUCAAUUAAGAAGCUGGUCACAGUAACGGACAUGUUGACCAAGCAUAAACUGAAGUACCGCGAGAUGAUCAGCUAAAAUAAAGAUAAUAAACGCGAUGUCUUCUUAUCUACACAAGUCCCUUCAUACCUUUUUAUAACAAAUAUUUAUAUGUGUAUACUAUUAGAAUACAUGAUAACAAUAAGAACUCAUAAUAACUGGUUGAAUUGUAUUGGAAUAGUAAACAGAAGAAUAUCAUUUAUAAAAAUUAUUUAUACGAAAUGAAAUAUUAUAUUUAACUGACAGGUA